UUUUUUUCCUUCUUUUUCCCAGGACAGUAUUUUCAGCAGAGUAGCUCUUUUAUAUUCACUUCUGUUUUGCUGUUGUCUGUGUGUCUUGUCUGUGAAUUGGCUUCAUUCACAUGGGUAAGAGAUGAAAACUGCCUGCUGUUGAUACUAAUGUUGUCAGGGCCUGACUGGGCAAUGCAGGAAGGCAUUUGUAAAUGAGUGGACCCCUUCUUGCAAACGCACUUCUCAUAGAAACUUGAACAAUGAUGUGUCAAUUGGAGGAUUCAAAAUGGAAGUGGAGUUAUGAGUGCUCUGUUUAUAAGGAGUGGAGUGAUAAAUAUUUCUUUGUGCUGACAUAAAAGUUUCAGAUAAAGCAAUAUUGUAUCCACAAGCAGUGAGUAUGGUUGAAGGUAUUUUUACAGAAAAAUUGCGGGGAUACAUAUGAAAUUAUAUUCAUUACAUUUUUUCGUUAGAAAUGAAAGCAUUACAAAUCUACAUAGACCUCUGCAUCUUGACCUGCCGAUCAGAAUAAGAUUUUGACCACACUGACACGUCAUUCAUACAGCGAGUUUCAAACAUCUGAAAAAUCAACUUUUCCAGACAUAAAUUCGUCAGUUGUUUGACAGGGCUCUGGUUCCAGUGGGAAUGUUACCGUGUUAAAAAUAUGAAUCGUCAUGGAAUGGAAUUCAUUUUGAAGGUUUCGAAAGAUGUUAUCAGCACUAUUGGCACACUUUCCAGACUUCUGCAGAUGAUGGAAUAAAUGUAGAAUUUAGUAAUAUCAUUUUUUGUUGAACAGCGUUGCGGAUGCAUGAGAUGCUGUGUUGUAAUUAAAUGGCACAUGGUAUCGAUAGAAUAGAUUGAUAUCACUCGCAUCACUGAAUCUGGCAUAUUGUACUGACUAUUAUGUAGCUGAAAGCACAAAGUACUGUAUAUAACAAGUACUGCGUAUAUAUUUUCAUGAAUGACUGUCAUGUAUACAACAUUUUUAUGGGAGUACGCUUUACCGAUCAGCUUUUUAAUGCAGCCCGUUCAAAGAACUUCAAACACGGUUUAUCCAGUUUCUUUGGUUAGGUUCCGAGUGACGUAAUCAAACAGCGAUGUGUUUCUGUUCUCUGUGAUUGGCCAGUUUAAGUCUGUGCGCGCUGACUGAAUAACGAGCCUGCUAAUUGGUUGGACGAAACUUCCUAUACUAACUAUUCAUGUUCGUUAUUUGCUGUGACAGAUCUCUGUUCGCUGAUAGGGCGAAUUAAUCCAGUUCCAGCCGAUGAGAGGCAAAGACACCACUUUUGAAACUCGCUAGUCAUAUAUUUUUAGCUAACAGAGUUGGUAUGUCCAUUAGCCGUCACUAGCUACUGCUGCAUUAGCUAAUAAAACGUUCUGCUCUGACAGUCAGUGUGACUGGUUCAUAAGAACCUGCAGCAUCCUGAAGGCUACAUGGCUUUCUCUCCUAGUCUGCCAGCCCCUAGUGUGGUAGCUUGUAAGCCAGAUCUGUCUGUGGAUGCGGUGGUUGACACCCACCCACCCAAGUUAGACAUUCUGGCACAAGAGGAGAGGCAUGAUGUUCCUGGGGUAGAGCCAGUGGUGGAAAUGGACUCUGGAGAAGGGCAGGACUUGUCCAUGGGAAAUGCUGUUUUUAAUUUGCCUUCUGUCACUCUGCAAAGUGGCCAGAACGUACAACGAGAGAUUCAAGUCGGUCGUGCUAACCUGAGAACCUUCCUCACGCCUUCCUUCAAAAGCCUGGGGUUUCUGUCCCCUAUACCAGAGAUAUCUCCCCUCAGUGGGAAAGAGAUACAUGGCAAACCAAGUGAGGAGAUAUGCGCCAAUGUGAUUGAUGAAAUCCAGCGCUACCCAUACAGGACAGCCUUGCGGGCAGUCGAAGGAGGAGGAUUCUUUUUUGGGAAAUGCGGGAACGCAAUGGACAUCAGCAUGAUUGGAGCAGAGUCCGUGGCCAACUUCAGCUGCCUGGACUACACAAUGGAGUCGUCUUGCCUGCAGCUGGAGGGGGAGGCCACGAACAAGCUGGAAAGCCUAAUGAAGGCGAACGACAGGGUGGAGGAGACUGCCAAGAAGUUGGGAGCAGAAGGAGAGGAGGGAGCCAAAGAAUCAGUUAGGGUUCUCAGUGCUAGCCCCUGCUUCAACUCCAGGAAAGGCCUAGUCCCCCUCAUUAUGGAAAAGGUGCAGCUGUUCAAAAGCCCUGGAAAUGUCAGUGGCUCCAGUAUGUCAGCGCUCAAUGAUACAUACAACCUGUCUCACAGCCAGGGGAGCAGCGGUGGCCAGAGUUUGGAGCUUGAGGCUGGGAAUAUCACAGCAGAGGCAGCGUCUGGGGUUGGCCCAAUCGCUAAAGAGGGCUCAUCGUCCCAGGCCAGCAAUAACAACACACUGGUGCUCCAUUCAGGCGCUCCUGUAACUGACUCGAAUUUGACUUUUGAAAUUACGGAAAAGAGUGCAGUUGGACUCACUGCAGAGGCGGAGGCUAUGGGCACAGAGAGGGCAGAUUUAAAAGAAGCCCUUGAGUUGCAGUCUGGUGAGAUUGUGGCCCAGCCCAAUUUGACUGUUGACAUUACGGAGCAGAGUGGUGUCGGAACCUGGUCGGAGGACAGCACAAAGAGUUUGGGGUUGAAGAACGGCACUUUCAAUGUCCUUCCAGACCAUGAGCCAGUGGCAGGACCCAAUCUGACCGUGGAUCUGACCACGCCGAAUGUCGCCGGACCCGAAACGGGAUCGACCGAACAAAGGGCGGGGUGUCAGAACGUCACAAUUGAACUGCAGUCGGACCAGUUGAAUGAACCCCCGGCUGGGAUCAACUUGACAUUUAAUGCGACAAAGCAGCUGGGCUCAGAGGAAGACCCGGUUGGGGUCUGUGAAGCCGAAGGCGGGGCAGAAGGGCAGCUGGGGUCCUUGACUAAGGUGGAAAACCGCAACUGCAAUUUUAGCCAAAGCCUGGACACGGAGGACGGUGGAGGGGCCAGCUUGUGGAGCCUUGACACCUCGCUGGAAAUGAAGGCCAACUUUUUGGUCACAUCCACCCCACUGGUCGUGCCCAAAUCCUUUAGCUUCGCUACUAAACCUGCCCCCUCGGAGGCGUGCGAAAGGCUGUCUGUGGUCGAGCACAGUGGAGCCUCCUCUGAUGGGAAUAAUAGCAGUGCCUUUCCCCUGGUUCACCAGCCCCCUCCUGCUGGUGCUAAGCCUCUCACCAGGUCCCUCACCAGACCUUCCGAUUUGCCUUUAAAAUGUGGUGCCAAGGCUCAACCCUCAAACAGGAAGUCGCUCGCCUGCCCUUCAGGCAUCCCCAACCCCAAAUCGCUGCACCCACUCCCAAGGCCUCCCUCUUCCCGUUUGUCUUUGGCCCCGCCCCCGAAGACGGCGUCUGGCCUCCAGGUUCCAGGGGCUAGCUCCCUCCUGUCCUCUACUCUGACCAGAAUUAGCAGGAAGACUGGGGGAGCUCUGAGGAACCUGGCAGCAUCCAGCUCUCUGGAGGCUUCUGUUGGUUCUACGACCAGCCGUAGACGCCUUUCAAUUUCUGAAAACAAGCUUCCCGUUUCUGGCCUGCAGAAGCCUCGAACCUCAGGCCAGCUGCCGUCCUCCUCCGACCCAUCCCUGCUGGCUCUGAGGCCUACUGGUCAGACCACGUCCAAGCUGCAGACCCUGAGAUCAGCGGCUGGCAGUAGACCUCUGGGUUUAGGAGAACCAAAGGUAAAGAGCACACAGCUUUCCACCUCCUCCCUGAAGCAGCCACGGGCAAACGCUGGGGAAACUCUGCCCCUCUCCAAGAGGAAGAAAGUUGAUACCCUGGCGCACGCUACCAUCAGCGAGCCCCCAGGGAGUCCUGCAGGAAGCCAGAGGGGCCUCAGGAGACCAGCCUCUCUCCUCAGAGGCCCCCAGUCAAAGCUGCAGAAUCUGGGAGGGGGCCGGAUAUCUGGGGUAUUGGCAACAAAAAAGUCUGGCCCAAAGGCUCCCCUGCCUCCUGAUGUGCAGCCCACUGCAGCCCAAGUUGCCCCUCCCUCAGACGUGAGCAGGCCUUGCGAUGAUGACCCGGGAGUAACCAAUGAGGGUGCAGGAACGCAGGCCACAGGCUGUGAAGACUGUGCAAGGUAUCGAGAGGAAAUCGCCAGGCUGCGAGCAGAACUUCAGGAGCGAGACCAGAGGACCUCGUAGAGGAGCAAGUGUUGCCACGAAGCCGUAGCUAGGCGAGCGCAAUCUGCAUGGGAGUACUUUUUAAAUUUUUUUUUUAAACUAAUGAAAAUACGUAUUGUAUUCAAUAAAGUUUCUGUUGAAUAAGUCUUAAA